AUGCUGAAAGUCUUCAUGCACUAUGGAAGUCUCUAUUUGGCAGAGGAGCCGCGUCUCUCAAAGUCUUUCCACAAGGACGUGCUUGCUCCGUCAUGCGGUGCCUGGCGGUCUCUUGUCAAAAGCGUAUGGGUUCCCUCCGGCCCAGGCAAGCGUAUCCUCGAAGACGGGAGAAACCAAUCACAAAGUCAAAAUGAGCCGAUAUGUGUUCGCCGACGCUUGAAGAGGUCGCCGAAAACUCAGGACCAACGUCUGAUGCGGCGUCUCAUUAGCACAUUUCCACGCCGCCCCUUCCCCCUCCGAGACUACGGGACGUUUACGGUGCCCUAG